CUUUUCUAGAAGACUAAUGUGGCCUUCAUCUCAUGCGAGAUAAUUUUAAUAUAUAAAAGUACUAUUCACUUCUUAAUGUAAAGUUUCUUAGUUAAAAAUGUUGAGUGCACCUUUGAAACACCCGUUACUCAUAAGCAAAGUAACAUUUCCAUUCUUGUCUAAAUAUUUACAUAGCUGCUGUACUGCACGAUAUUAAUUCCAUUUAAUUCCACCUUUCCUCGAGGCUUCGCGUGAAAUAUUCCUCAUUAUAGCAAUCCUCAUCCAUGAGGCGCAGUCUGCAUUGAGGUCGAGUGGGAAUCCCCCUAAAAUGGAGGCAAUACAUGGGAAUGCACGUAGUGCCGUGCACACUUUCGCUCUACUCCUCCCUUCUGCCCUCCCUCGUCUCGUCUUCUGCCUAGCAGCAGCUAGCAAGUUCGCUUCACGCUUCCCCAUCGCUAGCUUCGUCGUUCAACUCGAAACACCCCGCAGCCGCUGGCCGUUGUACGAGGCUUUAAGCUGCAAACUGCGCGAUCGAAAGCUCUCGGUUCAACGCGGGAACUUUUGCAACCAAAGCGCGCGCCUCACAUCAGCCAGUGAUCGUGACGUAGUUAUUGACAAAUCUUUAUUUCGCUUUGCGCUGCAUUUGAUGUCACCCGAGCUCUAGUCGCGCGCUGUCUGCACAGGUUCUCCUGCUGCAAGAGGACUCUUAGAAGUGUGCGAGGACACGUCACAGUGCGAUGAAAGGAAUGCAGGGAAAGCAGGAGGGAUGAGAAAGCGUUUCAAGUAAAAGAAGACUUGCAUCACCCUAAAGUGCCUCAUCUGGAUGCUGCGGAAGCCCUCCUCUGUGUCCGCACUCCCAUCCUGGCUGGUCUCUGCUUCGGAACGCUCUUUUCCCCGCUGACUUGAGCGUGCGUGUGCGUUUGGCCUUGGCUUGGGCUAUAUUUCACCCUGACAGUCAAUCAACCCAUUUGCCUGUUCCUCGAUUCCAACUUUGCCUGCUCGCCAUUUCACCUUAUAAUACAAGGACGCCAGUCGAUUAGUUUCCCCUUUGGGUUCUCAAAGUGUUUCUCCUUUCGCUUCUGCAGUCUCUCCAUCCCUUGUGACCCAGACAUGCGAGCAUCUUUAGGGACUGCUGCGACUAUGGCAACAGGGCAGGGGGUUUCGGAAGCCUAAAAUUAGAGAGUGUCCGUUUUACAUCAAUGCAAGACAGCGCUCCGGAGGCCUUUGUGCUUUAUCACGCCUGGCUGCCCCACCCUACCCCAGCCCUCCGCUCACCCGCCACUCGUCGAGGGACCGCCAUGGCCGUCAAUGUGACCAUGGGCCGUGACACCAAGUGGCUGACGCUGGAGGUGUGCAGAGAGUUCCAGCGAGGAACCUGCUCACGCUCGGACACCGAAUGCAAGUUUGCUCACCCCUCUCGCACAUGCCACGUGGAGAAUGGCCGCGUCAUCGCCUGUUUCGACUCACUCAAGGGACGCUGUACACGUGAUAACUGUAAGUACCUGCAUCCUCCGCCUCAUCUCAAGACCCAGCUGGAGAUAAACGGCAGGAACAACCUGAUCCAGCAGAAGACCGCAGCCGCCAUGCUGGCCCAGCAGAUGCAGUUCAUGCUGCCUGGAGCUCAGCUGCAGCCCAUCACCUCUUUCCCAGUUACGCCUUCCUUGGCCAACAGUCAGAGCGUGGCUUUCAGCCCAUACCUGAGCCACAUGAGCCCGGGCAUCAGUCUCAUGCCCGAGCUUCUGCCCAGCGCCCCCGUGCUGGUCCCGGGGAGCCCCACCGGCAUGGCCAUGGGCAACGGAAAUUCAACGCAGAAACAUGUUCGCACAGACAAACUUGAGGUGUGUCGAGAGUUCCAGCGGGGAAACUGCACGCGUGGGGAGAACGACUGCCGCUACGCCCACCCAAUGGAAGCUGCCAUGGUGGACGGCAGUGAGAACUCCGUCAUUGUUUGCAUGGAUUACAUCAAGGGCCGCUGCACCCGAGACAAAUGCAAGUACUUUCACCCUCCGGCUCACUUACAGGCCCGGAUAAAGGCGGCGCAGCACCAAGCCAGCCAGAAUGCUGCUGCCAUGGCACUGCCACCAGGAGCCAUGCAACAGCUACCAAAGAGACCUACCCUGGAGAAGACUAACGGCGCGGCUGCCGUCUUCAACCCCAGCAUGUUCCACUACCAGCAGGCUUUGGCCAGCAUGCAGCUGCAGCAGCCAGCGUUCAUUCCCACAGGCCUUUUCAAACCCCAAGGCCUAAUGACAGAGGGCCGCUGGGAGAGGCGAGACUGGACCACCUGCAGGGCCCCCCAAAGCCGUUACCUGUCAGGGCCUGGACAUGCUGUUCCCAUGAUGCACGGUGCCACCACUUCCACUGUUUCGUCGGCUACGACCCCAGUCACCAAUGUUCCUUUUGCUGAAUCAGCCACCUCCAACCAGACGCCGCCGAGGUACUGAGCACCGACCCCAUCGACCUCCAGUGUGUUCCCAUGGAGGCCCAUUUCUGCCCCGUUCCUAAACUCCUGGUGGCCGCACCUAUGACGCUGAAUCCAGUAAGCCUCUCCCGCAAUCCUACAACCUAAUCAGGCCCAUCACUCAUGCAACGUGUGCCCAAACACAACAGAAAAUUGAAUGCAACAAACAUGUGCCUAAUCAGUAAGUCCUUAACGGGCAAUACAUUCAUCCUCAUAUCAGAGAUGCCCACUUCAUUUGACGUCAACAGAAGUUUGUUGACAUUGAAACAGGCAAUACCUAAAUUUGGACCUACAACUGUAUAAGGAAGCAUGCCAUCUCAAAGCAAGGAGACGUAAGGAGCGUGCAGAUGCUGAAUCAGGAGACGGAACGCUCUCGUAACUCACAGCCAUACGAAUACAUGCAAACCAAUUAGCUGAGAAAAUGAAUUCUCUGGAGGUGAACAUUAGAUUUCAGAGUCGAUGUAUGGUAAGAGAUGGAGCCGAUAUAGAUCAUCAGCAGACAGAAUGUUUCUCCGUCGUAGAAUGUGACAACAGAGUGUGUGAGAGCGACACCUGCUAAUGAUAUUUUACAUAGUUGUGGUGGUGGUAAUUUCUUUCACAUUUAAUUAUAAUUAAUGAACGUGGCACGUUUUAUUUCAUGUUUACAUUUCAAAAUGUAGAAAAAAAGAUUAUUCGAAAACGAUUGGUUCUUUUGUAAGAUAAUCUGUUCUUGAUACUGAUUUAGGGUUUUUGUUGAGAGGUUUUCAAAAUGUCGUUGUUCGUGCCUUUGAGUUACAAGUGUGUGGACGUCUUUUUUCCCCAUUCUUCUAUACUACAAAUGACUUGCAUUUUAUCAUAGACUAAGAAAGUAUACCUGUGUAGCCUUUCAGAAUCAAUGUGUCGUUCUUCCGUCGACUUAGAGAUGUGUGUUGUAGUGAGUGACUUGGUUUUUAUUGGUCUCAUGAAAGAGUAUUAUUUAUUUAACCACUGUCCAACAGGCUAAAACUGGUCUACUGAGAUAAGUGUUAAUAUUCAUGCCUGAAGUAUCUCACCUCGCAUUUCAAGCUCCACAUCGAGACGGUCAAACACAAGAUUGGUUCACAUACUCGUACCUCCAUUUUAAAAAUAGAACUGCCUUAAGCAGACUAAAUAUGAGCACUUCUUGUUGCAAAGUGUGCUGCACACUGAAAUGUAAGGUCUGAUUGCAGGCCUUCUGGAUGUAAAAGACGUCUCAUUGAGAAGAUUUUAACUGGACUUUUUUUUUUUUAUUCCAGCUGGACUAAGUCAAUGUUUCUUGCAGAUACUCCUUACCCUUCGCCUGAUGUCCUGGAUAUUCAAAUACUGUAAAAAAAUAAUUACAUUUAUUUGCUUUUUCGAUUAUUAGUACAUAUCUUAUUUCUACGGUUAUUGGGUGAAUCUCACGAAAACGUCACCCAAAAAGCAGAAGAAAAAAAGACAAUUGAAUAACAAACAUAUGACAAUUAAGCCUCCUAUCGCCAUUACCAUAAUGCAAAAAAAAAAAAAUCAUUACUGUGAUACGCAAUAAAUAACUAUAUAUAAAUAAUGUGUCAAGUAUUUAUAUAUCAUGGUUGUAUUUAAUGCUAACUUUAACAAAAAUAUAAUAAUAAAAAUAAUUAUAUCACAAAAAAAAUGCAAUUAUACAGUAAAAAAUCGUGCUAGUUACAAAAAAAAUCAAAACUGAAAUGUGGUUGAAUUGUCAUGAGAACGACGUCGCAAUGCAAAAAAGUUCCUAAAAUGAGGCUUCAUCUUUAUGCAAAAUGUAAUUUUCAUUGUUCUGAUUUUGGUGUGAAAUGUGACAUAUUUUCAUGAGAUUCACCCCAUUACCAUGUCUGUCUUUUGUAGACAAACCCCUUCUGAUGGCUGGACUGUCUCUGCCACAAUCUAUGCUCUGUUCCACCUGCUGUGUGACAGUCUGUUCGUCUCCACUCUUUGUUCAGCCAUGUUUGGUGCAUCCCAGAGUACUAUAAGAUCUAUUUUAAAUGGUCAUUAGAUGCCAAAAUGAUUCUUUGAUCAAAUCUAACUGCAUGUUUAGCUGUUUACACACUCGUUUAAAGCAGAUUGGCACACAUAUGUUAAAUUCCAGAUCAUUCAAAAUCACAACAAGGAGAUAUGCUAAAGCCUGGUACCUGAUGUAAUUAUUCUGCAUCUCUCCCAUUAGUUUGCUGUACUCAACACCAUGUGCGCCCCCCUGCACAGACAUGUCAGGUGCACUGCUUUUGUGCCAAUGACACCCUGACAGGUCACCCUGUGCCAAUCACUGGACUGCGCAAUUAGGCCUUGUCAUGCCAAGGUCACGAGCCAGAUGGAUUUAAAUUGCAAUAUCGCAAAUGUGCCCACCCGAGCAACAAAUGUAAAGCCACCGAGCAAGCAAUUAUCUUGUGCUUUGUUUUGAAACAUCUCAGUUAUUGUUACCGUUCAUUAGGUGAGUCCUACAGUUGGGAAACUGACAGUAGGGUGGUUUUCAGCAGAUGUUUUUAUUACUGCUUCAGUGGACGCCGUGCGCACCCACUAAUAGAGUUCCAGUCCUUGCCAACCAAGAGCUCUAUUAGAUUAUUGCCGUAAUAUAUUAUUGAUAGUUUGUCCAUUGAUGGAACAUGAAAACUGUGUCAGACAGACGAUACACAGAGGCCUGCAAUCCAUUAGGGUAGUACUGGAAUUUCUUUGCCCGUUUUGACUUUGAGAGAGACAACUGGUUGACUUCUGACUAUUUAAGUUUGUGUUUGUGUUUGUUGUGUUCAUGUUUAGAGUGUGAACAGGUUUAAAUCACUGACUGUGUCCUUACUUUCAAAAGUCGGCAGACUCUAAAAUGCAAGGGCGUAGAUGACAGUGUGACAUUUGAAUAUUAUCCUUGUUUGGACUGUGAGCUGAAAGCCGCAGCUCUCAUGUAGACAUGUUACCAUUAACGGAAAAAAAAGACAAAAAAGAAAAUUGAUUAUUUUCAGACUGGGUACUUAGUAAAGGCCCUCAUCAGCCAAAGCUUCAUUUACAAGACAUUACCGCCCCUCACGGGCCUUUACAUGCAUAAAUGAAUGUGACAUUUAAGACAGAGAGAAUGUCACGAGAGGUUUUGGACGCCUGUCUCACCAUUUCUCUCGAACGAAACUACAACCUUUCUCAACAUAUCAAGGAAGUGAAAGCCUCCCAAUGCCAUCCACUGUUGAUGUACAAAAAGACAGAAAACCGAGAAAAAAAAGUGUUUAUCAUCACUUAUCUCAAAGACCCUUCUCUAAACUCUUGUCUCCUUUGGGACAGCCAUGUUGUUUCAACAGCAUAACCCCAAGAGAGAGCCAUAAAGCUGAAUUAUUUUUGUUUGUUUGUGAUAACCAGCCCUUAAAAACAUCAUUUCACUUUUUUUGCUGAUCAGCACACACUAUCUAGGCCAAACACAAAUGAAAUGAUAUACAAUGGUGGUCUAAAACAACACAAAAUCAGAGCAAGAUGAUACUAUACUGUGUUAUAUCUGAAAUAUCUGUAUUGUAAACAUCUCUGUAUAAUGUUCAUGUGUUUUAAGAUUGUUUUAAGAAAUACUGGGGCAAAUACGUGUGGAUUUCUUUAGGAAGGAUCGCUACUGUUUAUUGAUGUGUUGGAUUGUGUUUUGUAAUUGAGUUCCAUUGCCCAGCCAAGGUGUAGAUGCUCCUCUCUCUCUCUCUAUCUCUAUCUCUCUCUCUCUCUCUCUCUCUCUCUUUCAUAUAAAGAAUUAUGCCUUCUCCAACUGCAAUCCAGCUGGAAUCAGUGAAAUACUUGAUAAAGAAAAAACAAUGUGCCUCAUCAGGGGCUUUAGGAUUUUAAGAUCUCACUUUUUAAGAAGUGUGCAUACCUGCAUAAAGUAGUUAGCUAGAAUAAUCUAUGUGUAUGUAUUACAAAUGCAUCAUCAUCAUUCUAGUUUUUAUUGACACACAUUAAUGGUACCUGUUUUAACUAUAUCCUCACGACUUCAGUCAUGUUACGGUGUGUUUUGACAAAGCUGUCAAUGGUAGUUUGAGUUUGAUCAUUAGCGUUACUCGGUUCCUUACCUUACAUCGUGAAGUCUGUCAUCGCAUGAAAUUAAAAUAAUCUAAAUAAUCUACAUCAUAGUUUGUGCAGUUAGUGGUUUAAGAUUAAAAAAUUACUUAAUCUAUAUAUCUAUAUAUCAAUAUACACAUUUGUAUGUAUUACAAUGAUAGAUUCAUUGUUACCUAUGAUAGUAAGUUCUUGUUGCUAUGGCAACAAAACUACAACAUGGCUACCUUUGUAUAUCUUAAUUGUGAAUUUUUUCACACUUCAAGUGAAAUAAUGUACAACGUUAACUUAUUCAGAAAGGGAAUGUGUUCUUAAGUUGUCUUGGAAAAAGAGAUGAUUGACUAUUUUGUAAAAAAAAAUAUAUAUAUUAUAUAUAUAUAUAUAUAUUAUACGUAUAUAUAUAUAUAUAUAUACAGACUUGUGAGAUACUUUAUGUCCAAAGGCCCUUUGGAGACAUCAUACGUUAUUUCUGUUGUAAUGAUUAUUAUUUUUCUAUUGGGGUUGCUGAUCACUUUUAGAUCUUUACUUAAACAGCAUUUGAGCUUUUGAACCAAUCUGAUGGAUCAAUUUGGGAGAAAAAGACUUUCUAGUCUCGUAUUUGGUUCAAAAAGGGCUGGAGAUGCAUUCGCAAUGGUGCGUUCCGGUUUUUAUAAAUAGCGCAGCCCUGUGAUGUCAGAAAUGGGACGGUAUCAGCCACAGUGAGCCCCUGAUUUAAGUCUCUGUCCCCCUCUGGCCCGCCCAGACUGCACCCCAGCUGUGCUGGGACCUGGUGACUCGCGUCGCCCCAUUGGUGUACGAAUGUGUGUUAUUCACCUUGUUUGCACUUAUGUACAUAACUGAGUCAAAAUAUUCAGAAUUUAUUUUGAAUAUACAUAGAUGAAUAAAUAUAUAUAUAUGUAGAAGAGCAGAUUCAAAUCAAAUGUCUGUAUUGUUCGGAAUACAGGUAAACAGUUAAAGAGACAGAAGCUGUUUUGCCGGGGUGUCGCGGAGAAAUCUGUUGUUUGUUCUGUUUGCUAAUGCCCUCGUUCUCAUCGUUAAGCAUGAUGUUGCAUUUUGCGGAGAAAAUGAUGUCAAAAAAGGCUUUGUAGUUUUGCAUAGCUUACAAAAGCGCGUCGCUUGCGUCUGAUCCCGAGGUGCGGUUGAGUCCAGAAACCAAAGAACGGCCAACUUGAUUCUCUUUUACCUCUACAUCGUGUGACUUUCAGGCUCACAGUUUUGUUUUCUGUGUAGUCCCAUUAGAUGCAAUGUAAAGCGGGGGUGUAAUAAUAGGAAGGGCAGCAUGGGGCACAUAAAGAGCACCUCAGGAUCAGACUGCAGCUGGAAGGCAUUGCUGCAGGUUAUACAAAAUACCGAAUUUCAGUUUUCCUUUUGGUUUGGUUGUUGACGGACAUUUUCCAUUCUUGUGCAUUCACUAAGAACAACAAAUAAAGCUGAAAAUCUCACAGGAUAUCCUCAAACAAAUUGCUUCAAAAUCCCACGUGAAAUCGCCAGACAAAACCCUCUGUUGAAGAAAACUUGUACAUUCUGUGCUCUACAGUUGCUUUGGAAGCCAAUAAUUUUGUUGCCAUGGCACUUGCCCUAAUAGUGAGGGAGAGACCGAGUCUUUUUGUAGGUUCUUGCAUAUAGACGCACCUUUGGACCAAUCGAAUAUGGUCCUCAGCCUUUUGACUGUAAAGCUGAGGUAGCACUUAGGACUUAGCAUAGACUAAGGGUCCCAAUGCGAAUGCAAAUACACGGGACGCUCCUUUUACCACUGUGCUUGACAGAGAAAAUCAACAAACACUCUUCUGCUGUCCAUUAUCCUGUGCCUAAACAUUCAGUGUGAUGUGAAAGGACUGGUCUGUAAAGAAAGCCAUUGAGGUUAGACUUCCACCUAACUGUGCCGUACAUUCAGUCACGUCAUCGUCAUUUCUGUGACUGGAACACUAACGUCAUUGGUUCGUGUUAACGUGUAGAAGUCACCGAGACCGGAGCAUCACAUUAAUGUUGUACAAAGCUGUAUAGUUUCAAAUGAAAUCGCUCGUUGAUGCAGAGGUUAUGUCCCUUUAAAGGCAUCUGCUGAUGCCUCUGUAAAUGCUAUUGUGUAUGUGGAACCGUUCAAAGAAUGUCUACAUUGUUUCAAAGCCAUAUGUAAUAGAUUCCUCUCUCUCCCACUGUAGGACAAGAUAAAACUGAAUGCUUUGACUCUUUAUAUGAAAUGCUUCUCUUUCUAUUUAGCUUAUUGUGCUUGUAUGUGCUUCAAGAACUGUGCUUCUUGUCAAUCCCUUUGCAAUAUAUAAAUGUAUGGAAUAUAUACAUACUUAAGACUUAUGUUCUUUUUGUUUGAUUUUAAUAAAGCACUUAAAAGGCAA